GAGACCAAGGAAGACUCUAAGUCGCUCAAGAUGGAGACUCGCUCAAAGGUGUCCGACGUCGAAGAUGGCACCGUUGCAGAAUUGGACGAGGGUGAACAGUUCUUGAGAGACAACGGCAUCAGUAGUGCACAACUCCAUGCACUCAUCAAUGACAAGCAUGCUGUCAAGAAGCUUGUGCGGAAGGUGGACAUGCGAAUUCUUCCGCUUCUAGCUGGAACCUACAUGAUGCAGUACAUCGACAAACAGGCUCUUUCGUAUGCGGCCGUUUUCGACCUCUUCACCGAUACCAACAUUACGCAGAGCCAGUAUAGUUGGUUUGCAAGUAUGUUCUAUCUCGCAUACUUGAUCGCCGAGUACCCGUGGAGUUCGCUCGCCCAACGCACUCUGAUGGCCAAGGUCGUCUCUGGCUGCGUGAUUUCAUGGGGAGCUGUGCUCAUGCUCACGGCUGCAUGCAACAAUUUCGGCGGCUUGGCUGCCUGCCGCUUCUUUCUCGGUUUCUUCGAGGCACCAAUCACCCCUUGCUUCAUCAUGAUCGUCAGUAUGUGGUAUACUAGAAACGAGCAGCCCUUCCGAGCCGGCAUUUUCUAUAGUUGCAAUGGUGUUGGCUCAAUGCUCGGAGGACUUCUCUCCUACGGCAUUGGACAGAUCCACUCAUUCCCUGUCUGGAAAGCGAUUUUCCUCCUUUGCGGCGGCGUCACCAUUGUCUGGGGUAUUGUGAUGUUCCUCUUCCUGCCUGACAACAUCCUCAGUGCGAAGAACUUUACAGUUGCGGAGAAAGCCACCCUUAUCGGACGUGCCAAACUCGGCAGAACCGGAAUUCUCAAUCGCCACAUUAAGAUAUAUCAAAUUAAGGAAGCCCUGUGUGACCCUCAGAUUUGGCUGCUCACCCUAUUCAUGCUUCUCAACGAGAUCAUAAACGGUGGUAUCUCUAACUUUGGCAAGCUCAUUAUCAAGGGUCUGGUGAAGGAUCCUCUGUUGACUACUGUUCUUGGUAUUCCCCAAGGCGCCUUCCAGGUCUUCUGGAUCCUCACAGGCACUUUCCUUGCCUCGAAGUUCCGCAAUUGUCGAACAUACGUGAUGAUGGCCUAUCUGAUACCCACUAUAAUCGGCGUCUCACUGAUGUGGAAGCUCGACCGACAGAACUACAAGAUUGGAGUUCUUAUUGGAUACUACAUCUGUGGAGGUUUUGUGGCCUCGCUCGUCGUCGCCCUCCAGAUGCCGGCAGCAAACCUUGGAGGCUACACCAAGCGUGUUACCGGUACGGCUAUAGUCUUUGCGGCAUACUGCAUCGGUAACAUUAUCGGUCCUCACGCUUUCCUUGAAAAGGAGUCUCCAACAUAUCCAACUGGCUGCGCUGUGGUUCUUUCGUGCUCGGUGGGGCAGGUGGGCAUUGCUUUCUUGCUCCGUAUGUUGCUUGUUUAUAGAAACAAGAAGCGAGAUCAGACUCACCCGGCUCUGGCUGAAGAGGAUACCAAUGCCGCGGAUGAAGUGUCUGCAGACUUGACAGACUUGGAGAACCCACGCUUCCGAUAUGUUCUAUAA